GUACCCUUCCGACAGCCGUUUGAAUGACAGUAUUACCAUACCGGCUGAUGGCAUGUAGGAGAUUCACUGAUAAUACAAUGACCAGAGGUCAUCUUACCUUACGUUGACCGCGUGGCUCAAAAUCAUUUCCUUAAGUCGUGAUCAUGCCUUAUGGUUCACACUGAAUCUUGUUAUCCAAGCGUGGAGCCGCGUCGUCAUAGAGCUGAUCUGUGUCUAAGUUGCCGGUUUUGGAUACUAUCUUAGUACCGUUACAUAAUCUUGGUCACUGUCAACUUUGCCAAAAACAGUGAGACACGGGAAGCCGAAGUGGCAGAUGCGACAUCCAUGUGCGAUUAUUCUCCACAGCUAGGUCCCAGGGCCAUGCCCCGUGCAAUCUGGGAUCAUGACGGGAUCGGGAAAUACACCUGAUAGGGGUUCCUUUUCCGGCCGCACCAAACCUGUCGCACUAAGCUAUAAGAUGAUCCCUUUGGGACAGGCUGGUUGGUCGAGUAUACUGGUCAUCUUCUUUUCUUUCCCGCCACUAGACUUUGACCUUCCACAGAUUACAUGACCUUACUGACGCCAUGAAACUCACGCACGGCUGUCUCGCUGCGACUGUGGCCGGCGGUGCUCUAGCUGCCCCGGGUAGUACUCUGGCCGAGCGCAUGCAACACCGAGCGAUGUCUCACCAGUCUUUUCCUUUCCGGAGUGCUGGCGACGACAAGGAUGGCAAUUCAGAAUCCAGGAUAGCAGCCACUCAAGUCCAGUAUAGCAACAAUUGGGCCGGUGUGGUACGCGAACAGCCACCCCCAGAAGGCCCCUAUACCGCCGUAUCAGCGACAUUCACUAUCCCCACAUCCACCACCGCCCCCGGCCAGUCAGGGCUCCAAGCUGGUUCUAUCUGGGUUGGCAUCGACGGUGACACCUACACCGGGGCUAUUCUCCAAGCGGGCGUGGACUUCUACUCUGACGUUAACCAGCCGAACCACGCAUGGUAUGAAUGGUAUCCUGCAUAUGCGACCAACUUCCCAAACAUCGCAGUGGACGAGGGCGACACGAUCGUGGCUUCCGUCCGCUCCACAUCCCCGAGCCACGGUAUUGCUAUUAUUGAAAACCGCUCCACUGGCCAAAAUGCGACACAGACUCUUACCGCUCCCGCAGCGACAGCCACAUUGGCCGGGCAGAACGCCGACUGGAUUGUGGAGGACUUCCAGUCGGGAGAGAACAUGGUGGCUUUAGCAGAAUUUGACCAAACCAACUUCACCGGUGCGCAGGCAGAAGCGAGAGGGGCUACGUAUGGUGUCAAAGAUGGAAUGGUCAUUGAGAUGAAGCAGAACAACAAGGUGUUGACCAAAACUGAGAUUACCGGUGAAUACGAAUUCAACGUUAAAUAUAUUGGAGAUGAGUGAUUGAUUGUCUAUGCUGCUUUCACUGUUUGACA